CUAACGCCUCACGCAAAAAAAGCUGACGUACUCGGGAAAAAGAUUAGGAUAAUAUUUGCGACGGAGACGAGCGACCGAUCCGAUUAGCUGACUCCCCCGCCUCAGAAGCACGGCCAUACGCCUAAGAUCGCCCUCUGUCCAGGAUAUUCGCAAGAUCCCAGGGAUGAGACCUCUAGGGACGAAGAAAAACAGCGGAUAAGUUGUGCGUUCGUGUGUGUGUGUGCGUUUUGGCUGCGAGUCUGUAAAAAGCUGGAAAAUUGUUGCUGCGCAGCGGAUAAAUAUAUAGCAAAUAGGACAUAUAGCAGCAGAAUUGGCAUGACGAAGAUCAAGAUCAGGCUAAAGACAGAGGCCUAAGGAUAAAACCAAAGAAUCGGUAGCUAAAACAACCGAAAUUCCAGUGCCUUUGUAGCAGCAACAAGGUGUGCGUGUGUGUGUGUGCGUGUGUUUGUUGCCUGCGCAGUGUUGUUGUUGUUGCAGUUGCAGUGUUGCAAUUGUUGUUGUUGCUGGUGGUAGUGACACAACACAGCAAACAAAAUAUUGAGCCGCCGAGCAAAACACAUGAUGUGGUCGUUUUUCUCGCGCGACUCCUCGAAAGACUUUCCCUACGAUAUUGGCGAACCCGUUGGCGGUUUUGAUCAGUACUCGAUAUGGACGUUGCACAAGGCCAAGCGGAAGACCACCCAGGAGGAGGUCUCCGUCUUCGUUUACGACAUACGCAGCGGUUCCGAUACCAAGUGCGAACUGGCCAAGGCAUCGCUGAAGCGGCUCAAGACAUUGCGUCAUCCGAGCAUCCUGCAAUAUCUGGACUCCCUGGAAACGGACAAGAUGCUGUAUGUGGCCACCGAGGCGGUGGAUCCGCUGGGCAGCUACUUUGCCAAGCUGGGCAGCGAUAAUCUGCAGAAGGGCCUCUAUCUGGCCUGGGGCAUCUUCCAGAUCACACGCGCCCUGUCCUUUCUCAACAACGAUGGCAAUCUGCGGCACAACAAUGUCUCCGCCUGGUCGGUCUUCGUCAACGCCUCCGGGGAGUGGAAGCUGGGCAGCCUGGAGUAUGUCUCGGCGGCCGAUGGCAAUCCCAUGCCGCCCGCCAAGAUUCCCGUGACCCUGGAGGUCUACGACUCGCCGGAGAAGAGCGAUCAGAGCAAGCUCAAGGCGGCCACCAAGUGCUCCGUGGACAUGUGGGGCCUGGGCUGUCUGGUGUGGGAGGCCUUCAAUGGCGUGCUGAAGCAACGCUCCAACCUCAAGGAUAUCGAGCACAUACCCAAAUCCCUGCAAUCGCUCUACUGCGAGCUGGUGGGAGCCUCUCCCUCGAAUCGCCCCAAUCCGGCGGACAUAAUCACACGCUGCCGCAAGCCGGGCGGGUUCUUCAAAAACGAUCUGGUGGACACACUGCUCUUCCUGGAGGAAAUCCAAAUCAAGGACAAGGCGGAGAAGAAUCGCUUCUUUAGUGGCCUGACCACGCAUCUGGACAACUUUCCGGAUAAUGUGUGCCGGCACAAGAUACUUCCACAGCUGAUUACGGCCUACGAGUACGGAGAUGCGGGCUCCGCAGUGCUGGCACCCAUGUUUAAGCUGGGCAAACUGCUGGACGAGGUGGAGUACCAGAAACGGAUUGUGCCCUGUGUGGUCAAGCUGUUCGCUUCCACGGAUCGUGUGACUCGGUCGCGCCUGCUGCAGCAGCUGGAUCUGUUCAUUGCGCAUCUGCAGCCACAGGUGGUCAACGAUCAGAUUUUCCCCCAGGUGGCUCACGGCUUCCUGGACACCAAUGCCACCAUACGCGAGCAGACGGUCAAGUCGAUCAUCCAUUUGGCGCCCAAGCUCAACUACAACAAUCUGAAUGUGGAGGUGCUGCGUCACUUUGCCAGGCUGCAGGCGCGGGACGAUCAGGGUGGCAUUCGCACCAAUACGACGGUGUGUCUGGGCAAGAUUGCGCCGCAUUUGCAUCCGCAGGUGCGCCAGCGUGUGCUGGUCUCCGCCUUCAUUCGCGCCAUGCGGGAUCCCUUUCCGCCCGCCAGAGUCGCCGGAGUUUUAGCCCUGGCCGCCACACAGCAGUACUUUUUGCUCAGCGAAGUGGCCAACCGGGUGCUGCCAUCCCUGUGUUCCCUCAGCGUGGAUCCGGAAAAAACAGUGCGCGAUCCGGCGUUUAAAACUAUUCGGGGAUUUCUGGGCAAACUGGAGAAGGUGUCCGAGGAUCCCAGCUUAAGGGAGACAAUGGAGGCGGAUGUCCACACGGCCACGCCCUCCAUUGGCAAUGCGGCCGCCACCUGGGCGGGAUGGGCGGUGACGGCCGUCACAGCCAAGUUCUAUCGCAGCCAAAGUGAUUCGUCUCGACCACGACCGCCUUUAACUGGACGCAAUCUGUCCAAGCCAGCGUCGCUUGAGCAACCAUCGAGCAGCAGUUUAUCGACCACCACAAGUAGUGUUACCUCAAUGACCUCGCUGGAGCAUGAAAGCAAUGACACCUCCGCCUCGGCCUCUGAUUAUGGCAACAACGAUUGGGACAACGAAAACUGGGGCGAAAUGGAUACCUCUCAGGAUCCCAGCAGUCCGCUGGCAGCCAGCUCCAAUAAUGGCGCCAUGAUGGCAGCCAAUGCCUUGAGCGAAGUGCGCGAUGGCUGGGACAACGAGGAGUGGGGCAGUCUAGAAGAGGAUCCGUGCGAGGAGGAGGAGCAGGCGGAGCAGGAGCAGCAGCAACAGCAGCUGGCCAGACAAUCUAUAUCAUCCACAACGUCAUCCAGUCAGCAGCAUCAGCGACCUCAGCUGCCACAUCAUCAGCAGCAGCAACAGCAUCUCCAUCAGCAGCAGCUGCAGCAGCACGAACUGAACGAUCUGAUCGAGCCGCUGGCCAAGCUCAACUCACACGUCACCUCGCCGUCGAAGCAGUCGAUGUUGCGGCCCAAGGAGCUGCCCAAUCUCUCCAGCAGCAAUACAUCGCCCACGUCGGCCACUGCCAAUUGCAAUAACAUUAGCCCGCCUUCGUCGCAUUUGAAUAAUUCGACGCAUAAUGCCAAUUGGAAUAGCGAUUCGUGGGCCGAUGGGGAGUUUGAGCCACUGGAUGAAUCGGGAUUUGGAAAUGCCAAACUGGACGAGGCUCGUCGCAAGCGGGAGGAGAAGAAGCUGCAGCGGCAGCGGGAAUUGGAGGCGCGACGCGCUCAACGGGCGAGCGGACCCAUGAAACUGGGCGCCAAAAAGCUUUAAAACUAAUCAGCGGAUAACAGCGACGACGACAUGUGUUACUUAGCUGUUAUUUCCAUCGUACAUCUAAGCCCAAAGUGUAUUUUGUAUAUUUCCGUGCGUAUGUGUAUGUAUCUUUGUCCCGCUCCCAAUUUUCCCGCUCUGUGUGUGCUUUGUGUUACUUUCGGUACCAGUUAUUGCAUUAAAUGCAAUCUCAGUGUCUCGAGCCUCCACAUUUUCGAUUCCGUAAAAACAUAGCCAUAUUGUAUUUUUAAUGCUGGCACACGAUAUUAGCUAAUAUAUUCUCAGCGUCUCUAAACGAAAUUUCAAUUGUAAAGCACUGUAAUUAAAAAACCUGUAAUUUAUAUUUAUAUAAAACCAAAAACGAAUGAAGCAAAUGACAAACCAACCAA